AAUGAUUGCCCUCCAUUUAUAAUUCUAAUGGCACAGUGGCGUUCUGGAUCAAGUGUGCUGGGACAGCUUCUAAGCUAUAAUCCAGAACUGUUUUAUAUCUUCGAAUCACUUUGGCCGGCUGCUACAAUACGGGAAUUAAGAAAUAUUUCCAGUGGUACGAUUGCAAGCAAGGAAAUAGCUCGAGACAUACUUCGUGGUUUCGCAAAGUGUGAGUUUGCAGCGGACUUUGUGGAUAUUUAUUGGCGAUGGCCAGGUUCUAAUUUGAAGAAAACACCUUGCUCGAAUAAAACUUCGUUCAUCAUGUCUUCAGCAGAAGAUCUGGGUAUUUGCUGCAAUUUUUUCAAUGGUAGACUGGCAACAAAAAUUAUUCAUGCAGAUCUAGAGCUGUUGAAACCUCUGGUUACUGAUGAUGGAAUCAAUGUUAAGAUCAUUCAUUUAGUACGAGAUCCCCGUGGAACUGCAGCAUCUAGGAUUAAUUACCUGAAAUUUAGCUACGUGGAAAUCAUGAAAAUGUUACACCGUAUCCCUCCUAAAUCAGACCGUCUUAAACCACUUGGUCUCCUUGAUAACGUUCCAAAGGAGAUGCUUCAAUUUCAGGAAAUAAAGGAAAACAAUCCUACAAUGCGUGGGCUGUGCAAAUGGAUAAGAGAAAACACCUAUCUAUCACCGGAAUCGUUGCCGGGAUGGUUACAAGGGCGGUACCAUCUUGUCAAGUAUGAAGAUUUUGCUAUGGCCCCUUUAAAGGAAUCCCAAAGGAUCUACGAUUUUAUUGGGAUGCCAUUUACAGCACAGAUGAAACAAUAUAUCAACACCAUAACUCACCCCAAUUCAAGUGACCCGCCUGGUUCACAGUCUUUAUUUUCAAUUUCGAAGAAUUCCCAAGAAAUAGCCAAUAAAUGGAAAAAGUACUUGACAAGCGAGGAAAGAAGACAAAUUACAAAAGAAUGUUUGGAUGUCCUUCAGUUACUUUUGUACCAGUGA